AUGCAAGCAGACAGCGACAUCAACGACAGGCAAGCAGCUCGAGAAUGGCAGUCAAGAAAGUCGACUUACCCGAAUCUUGAUGUCCUCAUACAGCCGGACAAGUACUUGCUGGCCAGGCUUCCACCAAGCUCGUCGAUACCGCCAUCAAUACUAAAGCUGCUUUCUACACCCACAGACUCACGCGGCAAACCGUUGUUCUGCACAGUCUCACGCACCCACAAUGAGCUGAGCAUCCUCGUCUCAACGUCAGUAGAGCGUAGCUGGAACGACCUCAAGGCUGAGCUUGAAGCCGCCGUUGCCAAGGGAGAAGAUGAUGGCCAUGGAGUUGAUGGACCAUGGAGAGCGUUCCGCAUCAGAGGACCAAUGCAGUUUCAUCUGGUUGGCGUCCUGCUCGAGUUUAGCAAGUGCCUUGCUCAGCGUGGGAUUUCCAUUUUUGCCGUCUCGACGUGGGAUACGGACUACAUCUGCGUCAAGCAGUCCGACUUUGACAAUGCUUGCAAAGCUCUCGAGCAGGAUGGAUGGAAAGUACUCGACCAGGCUGAUUAG